AUGGAGCCUAGGCCUCCACCCUCUUCGCCCUCUGACACAGACUCCGACUCCGGAGAUGAAACCGUACCCGCUGAUCCAGAGACGUGGGUGCGACGCGACGUGGUGCGUUGCGUGCGUUGGGCGGCACGUACAUUCCGCGUGCACGCGCCGCGAAGGCAUCUUUUGCCUACAUCAGGAGCUGCUCUGCUGCAGCUUACUGAGGAACAUUGGCUCCAGGUGUGCGAUGGCAAGACGGAAGCGGCGCGCAUCUUCCACACAUAUGUGCAGCACGUGCAUGCGGAGGCAAAGGGCCGGCCUCCACCAGAGCCGUUGCCAGAGCACCAGGCCUCGACCUCCGCUGCAACACUUCCAAGUAACCCUAGUAAGGAAAAAGAUAAAAGAAAUACUGAGAGAAAAGAGCAAAAACCGUAUAAACAAAAUUACAGUACAGUGUAG